GCUUCCGGGCCGCUCAAAAUCGCGCGAGAGUUUACGUGACGGCGCGGCGUCAGCGUCACGGCGGCGGCGGCGGCGGCGGCGGCCACGUCCGGCGUUCAGCGGAGCAACAUGGCGAUUCCGGGCAGGCAGUAUGGGCUUAUUUUGCCAAAGAAAACACAGCAGUUGCACCCUGUUUUGCAAAAACCAUCAGUGUUUGGGAAUGAUUCUGAUGAUGAGGAGGAGACCUCCGUGAGUGAAAGCCUUCAAAGGGAAGCUGCUAAGAAACAGGCCAUGAAACAGACUAAACUGGAAAUUCAGAAGGCCCUUGCAGAAGAUUCUACUGUGUAUGAAUAUGACAGUAUUUAUGAUGAAAUGCAGAAAAAGAAGGAAGAAAGUAACCCCAGAUUGCUUCUGAGUAAAGAUCGAAAGCCCAAAUAUAUUCACAACUUACUAAAGGCAGUUGAAAUCAGAAAAAAGGAACAGGAAAAAAGAAUGGAAAAGAAAAUACAGAGAGAGCGAGAAAUGGAAAAGGGAGAAUUUGAUGAUAAAGAGGCAUUUGUGACAUCUGCUUAUAAGAAAAAACUGCAAGAGAGAGCUGAGGAGGAAGAAAGAGAAAAGAGAGCUGCUGCACUGGAAGCUCAUUUGGAUGUAACCAAGCAGAAAGAUCUCAGUGGAUUUUAUAGGCACCUAUUAAAUCAAGCAGUUGGUGAAGAGGAGGUACCUGAAUGCAGUUUUCGUGAAGCCAGGUCCGGGAUAAAGGAAGAGAAGUUGAAGGGUUACUCCGAUGAAGUAAGUGCAGAGGACAGAAUAGCACAGAAGAAAUGCAUUCUCCAAACUGGUGUGAAAGUAGAGGAAAACCCAGAUGCAGACAGUGACUUUGAUGCUAAGAGCAGUGAAGAUGAUGAAAUGGAAGAAAAUGAAGUGAACUACAGAAGAAAAAAGGUUACACAUACCUCAGAGAAUGAUUGCAGGCAUCACAGGAAUCAGACCCACUCAUGGUCAUCUAGUGAAGAAAGAGGGCACAGUGCCAAAUACCACACAAAAAGUUCCAGGUCAAAAGGACAUGAUAAAAGGGAAGAUCACCAAAAGAGGCCGUCUAAAGAUGAGGAGAGCUAUUAUACUGACUCUGAUUACCGAAAAGAAAAGAAAGAUUCUCAUAGGCACAAAGAAACUAAUCAUAGCGAUUCCCAUUGGAAGAGGCAUGAACAAGAAGAUAAACUGAGGGGAAGGGACCACAGAGAAAGAGAUGACAGAGAGUGGGAAAGACGGAAAGACAGGGAAAAAUAUUCCUCAAGAGAACGAGAUAGACAACGGAAUGAUCACGACCGGCGCAGUGAGAAGGGAGGAGAGCAGGAAGAGAAAAGCAAAGCAAAAGAAGAGCAUAUGAAAGGAAGGAAGGAAAAAUAUGAAAGUGAUGAUAAAUAUAGAGAUCAGGAAAAACAAGAUGCAAGUGUUCAGUCUUCAGAAAGAAAUCGAGACAGAAAGGAAAGCAACCCAAAAUCUCGGGCGAAGAAUGAAUUUCUUGAUGAGGAAAGAUCCAAUAAAAUAAGAAACUUAGAAAAAGACAAAGAAAGAAACCAAGAGAAACACUCUAGUUCUGAAACGUUACUGGGAACAAAGCACAGACUCACAGAGGAAGGGCAAGAGAAAGGUAGAGAACAAGAGAAACCACCUGAGGCAGUGAACAAAUUUGCAAAGCGAAACACUGAAGAAACUGUGAUUUCAGCUAGAGACAGAUACUUGGCUAGGCAAAUGGCACGAGUUAAUGCAAAGACCUAUAUUGAAAAAGAAGAUGAUUGAGAGCUGCCCCAAUACAAAAAUCUGUAGCAGCACAGAAAAUUACAAUUUCUGGAAUUUGUGAAAAAGCAUACAGGAAUGUGUUAACAGAGGUUGAGAGGAUAUUUUAAAAUACAUUUUCGGAAUUCACUUUUGGUUUAGGUUUAAAUCAAAUGUCAUUCCUUUAGUCUUGACUGGCCAAAUUUAUAUAUAACAUUUAUUUAUCAAUAUUGAUACUUGGUUGUAUUCAGUUAGUUGAAUGCAAGUUGAAUUCCAUUAGGUACUUAAGGAAAAUUGGCUGUACUACAGCUAUUUAAAAAAUAAUAAUUUAAGAAACUCUCCUAAUUUGUUGGUUUUGUUGCAGGAACUGUUUUAUUGUAUAAAUUAUUGUAUUUCAGUCCCUUAAAAAUUAUUGUAUUUCAGAUAAAAAUGUGGAUUUGAGAAAUAAAGUAGAGGAUAUCGCUAACUUUAUGUGCUGAAAUGUAUUAAAGUGUAAAAUGUGGAUCAUGCAUUUUGUCUGAACAACUUUUUAUCUGUCUCACAGUAUACUUGGCUUAAGUGGAAAUAAAAAUAAUAACAUGCUUAUACA